CUUCUGAGCCUUCGAUAUUAUAGUCAGUCAACUCUCUGUAAACAAAUUUUCAGUUCAAGUAAGACACAUUAUUGUGUUCCUAUAACGUGUUUAUUCCAACAUGGCCGCUGUAAUAGAAUCCGGCGACAAGGUUCUUCAAGUCAUUGGAAAUCACGAAAAAGAUUCCUUUACGGUUUUCCACGAGAUGAGAGAAUUUGAUGAACUAUGCGAUAUCACGCUGAAGAUUAACGGAAAAGAAAUUCGUGCCCAUCGCGUUGUUUUGGCAGCCUGUAGUUCGUAUUUUCGAGCCAUGUUGACUACAGGAUUUCUUGAGAGCAAUUUGGGCACGAUAACUCUGCAGGAUUGCGAGGAAAACGCUGUUGAAGAACUUGUCGAGUUUCUGUACACCUGCAAGCUGAAUCUGAACGAGGGAAACGUGGAAAGUAUUCUUGCAGCGGCCGCUCUCUUUCAACUCCAGCUGGUCGUUCAAAAAUGUGCAGAUUUCCUCGAGACUCUCAUCAGGAUUGAAAACUGUCUCGGAAUCCAAUCGCUGGCGAUGCAGUAUUCUUUGAGUAAACUCGAGUCCAAAGUAGCAAGCUUCAUCAGUUGGAAUUUCAUGGAAGUUUCGCGGGAAAGCGAGUUCGUUCUAAUCCCAGUCCAACAGCUGAGUAAAAUUGUGGGAAGUGACCGAUUGCACGUUAAGACGGAGGAAGAUGUAUUUGAAGCUGUUAUCAGAUGGUACAAGUACGAUAGAGAAGAGAGGAUAAAAUGCAAGGGGAUAUUUAAGUUGGUUCGGUUUCCGUGCAUGAAAAAGGAGUAUUUAGAGAACGUUGUCUUGAAAGAUGAGCUUGUCCUUAGCGGAGACAACUGGAAGAAGCUAGUGGACGACGCCAUUACCCACUUAACUUCUCCGUCAAUGAACAAGAAGAAAACAGUGACGAAAAGGAAGUCUCCCAAUGUACUGUAUUUGAUUGGAGAACUUUCCUGUCGGAUUGAAACUUUUGACUUAGAGACCGGCAGCUGUAAGCCUGUUCCUAGCAUGGCUCAGACAGCAGGAAGCGCUGUUGUUGUAAACGAGGAACUGCACGUUGUGUUGGGAGGUGGAACACGCGUACAGAAAUACGAUUCAAGGGUGAAUUCUUGGGUGCAAGUUGGAAACGGGACGAAGGAAAACGAUUGCGCUAUCUGCGAGAGCAUGAGCUCUAUUUAUGUGGUUGGCGGUGGAAAGCGCGCGAAAAGCUUCAAUCUCGCCACGCGCAUAUGGAGCACGCUCCCGAACAUGAGCAUGCGUAGAAGCUUUCACAGAGCAGUUGGACUCCUGGGGAAGGUUUACGCGAUUGGUGGAGUAACAGUCCCAGGGGACCAAACCGUAGCCUCGGUUGAAUGUUUUAAUCCAGCGAGUAACCGCUGGGAACCGGUUGAGCCCAUGAAGACAGAACGGUUUCGCCACGAGGCUGCAGCAAUGACGAACAAAAUUUUCGUCGUUGGUGGACUUGAUGGGCGAAAAAAUUCAUUGAAAUCUGCCGAAGUUUUCGACCCAGUGACAGACACGUGGAGCUUCAUUGCUUCAGUGAACUAUCCAAGGCGUGAUUUUGGCCUGGGAGUUAUUCAGGACAUGUUGUUUGUGUUUGCAGGCGGAGGAACAAAUACCAUAGAAUGCUAUGAUAGCAGUUCUGAUGAGUGGAGCAUCGUUGGAAGUCUAGCAACAAGGUGGAAUACUUUCCGUUGCGUGCUGUGCCCUUUAUUUCAGAUUUAAAGUAAAAAUACUUGAAGAGGAAGAAAACGGCUACUACAAAAACUUCGUUUUUUACAUGUAAAUGGUUGCCAUUUAUAGUGCUAUGGUGUUAAGCUAUUCACUCCAGGACCCAGUACUGUGUAAGCCCGCUACAAUUCUCGACAGAGAUGUUGCUAAGCAACAUGACGUCAGCUGAUGACAACAAGCUGACGUCAUACCCUUUGUAGUGAUCGUACUAUCCCCGGUUAGGCAAUAAGUAUCGGAAAUUGUCUGAGAACCUUAGAGACCUUGCGAAAUGAAGAAUAAGGCAAACAACAUUAUUAAAACUACGACGCUGAGGCUGAAGGCGACGUCUUUUCAAGGUGGAUCUAUUUUCUACAUAGAGAACUCAAGAUUAAUUCAGAGUAUAUACAUUUAUGCAUUUACACAUUUACAUAUGUAGUCUGCUUCGUGAUGUCAAAACUACCUGGCAGCUGUAUGCGGAAAGAUAACGUCGAAGCGUGGAUAAAUACACCGGGCGUGUAUUAUGUAAACUCGCCGUCCAGAAUUAACCGGGUGGUCUUGGUGGCGCGUAAGACGAUUGCUUAGCGGACCUACUAUAGGUUUUGAAACAUACAUGUACCGUCAAAAAAUGUACGAAGUUGUAUAUUGGACAUAUAUAGCAACCAUUCUCAUUGCCAUUGUUUGAAUUAAACUCUGUUGAGGUGUACAACGGGGACGGCGAUGACGUAUUGCUUUAGUCAACUUACCAUAACUUCAUGUGUAAAUACAAAUAAUUAUAUAUUUUAUUCACUUAUAAGUAAAGAGACUGUCAGAAUAUUAUAAGCUUGGGAGUAAAAGGGGUAUAAACUGGGGAAUAAAGCAGCAUAAACAAUAUGAAAGGUGCGAUAAUUAAUGCGAAGUUUUCCUCUAAUUCUCUUUUGUCUCAGCCUACUCUAACUUUCUUCCAUGUUUCGUAUACACUCCAGAUCCUGUUACCUCCGUUCUCCCUGAAUCUUUAUCCCUUUCUACCAGACUUCUACUACAUUUUCAUCUUCCCCUUUAACCCUAUUACAUUUUCUUCUCUUAAACUCCCUGGUGCUAUACUGCAACUUCCUCUAUUCCCAUGUUGCCUUUACUUCAAAUUCCCUUUUCUAAACUAUCCUCGUCCAAUUGCCGUGAAUUAUUUCCUACUCAAGAAUCUCGUGUCUCUCUCUCUUCCUCCACUCCCCUACCUCUAGAUCUGAUCUGUGACUCCGAUAUUUACUUAUCUCCAGGUUUCAUCUACUUAAUUAACUUAAGAUCUCUUUUUCCCUCACUUAAAGUUCCCCACUCCAAGUUUCCCCACAUUUAUCUCACUCCAAGUUCGCCCCACUCCAGGUUCUCCCACUCAAAACACCCUCACUACAAGUUACCCCACUCCAAACUCCCUCACUACAAGUUCCCCCAAUGAAAGUUCCCCCACUCCAAAUUCCCGCACUUUAAUUAAGUUCCCCCUGCAUUUACCUCACUCCAAGUUCCCCCACUACAAGCUCGCUCACUACAAGUUCCCCCACUCCAAGUUCCCCCACUUUAAGUUCCCCUACUCCCUCUGACUUAAUUACCACCGGUGACCCCUGGUCACGUUUCCCGGUCUCUUAGAUGUUACUUCUUACUUUCUUACUUUCAAACACUGCUGCAUAUUUAUCUUCUGAGGUUCGCAAAGCGUUAAAAUUGUUAUGAAGCGGUUUUAUUUUGCCAUUUUAGCCGUAAUGAUUCCGAACUCCAAAUUUAUGCCAUUUACUCUAACUUUUCAUUGUCCGUUCCUUUAAUUAUCAUUUUCCUUUUGGCUAAUGGUUUUACUAGGGGCGUGCAAGGCGUCAAAGUUCUUGAAACAAAUUUCGAUGUCAAAUUUAAAUUAUAAAGCACUCUUCUUUCCUAUUCCCUUUUCCUCGCCGGAUGAGUGACGUCCCGCAUCGAAGAUUUGAUAAAUAGUACGAUGACUGUAGAAACUAAUUGAAUGCUUUACAUAAAGUUUAAAUAAGUUUUUUUUUGACAUAAUGAGCCUUUCACCUGUUCUGUCAGUUUUGCAUUACAAUUUCAGCCAUGAAUUUCAAGUACUAUAUGUUUAACUAA